AUGUACGUCAAGGGCGCAUGCUCGGACAGCAUACGUUGCAGCAUGUCGCACAGCGAAACGUGGCCCAGGCGGAACCCCGCCCUCUUCAAGUACGACUACAAACUGUGCCCGAACAUACAGUUUUUAAGGACUGAUAACAAGAUGCAGUUGCACGGUAAGUGCCACUACGGCCGACGCUGCAAGUUCUCGCACUCAAAGGAGGAACAGUUGUACCACCCGGACCUCUACAAAACACGCAUGUGUCUAAACUACCCCAAUUGCAAAGGUUAUUUCUGCCCAUUCGCACACUCCAAGGCGGAAAUGAGGGACCGAAAGGAUGGCAGUGGGAAUGCCAGCAAGGAUAAAACGCCGAAGGCUGCGGAGCCGGAGGACCAAAAUGUCCCAGCGGCGGUGCAGGCGCAGCCCCCGUUGGAGGAAACACAAUACGCGCCAGCAGAACCGAAAAUGAAGGAAAUGCAGUCGCAAAUGAUUAACGAGGCGUGGAACUCGCUCUACAACACAAAUUACAAAAAUGCAGAUUAUAAAUUUUUGGACGUGAACUCACUCAACUCAACUGUUGGAUCACCAAACACCGUGUCUACGCAGGAAAUAUCUGCCAACAUAGAUUUCGAUAUUAAUGCAAGCUUGGAGGAGACACUCCUGGCACACGAAGAUGUAACCGACCUGGAGGAACGGAACCUCAGGUUUCUAAACGCCUACUUCGCACAGCGAGUGAGGAACUUGGACGAAAACCAGGCGGCCGUUAGUCCGACAAGAACUACGGCAGUACUAAACAAACAACCAGAAAACAUGGUUUGUAACAACUGUGACGAGCGGGAUGCGGAGGAUGACGACGAAGACGGAUGGCUCGAAAACGUGCUCCAGACGGGGCUACAACUUCUCAGCGAGGCUGCCGACGAGCCCAUAACUCGGGAAAAUACGUCUGCGCAAUCACCUUGCCCGCUCUGCGAACGUUCUCAGGAGAUGGUCAAGGCCUUCGGCCGCGACGUCAUCGAACAGUGGUUACCGCUCGACCGGCUGAACAUCACCUCCAUCACAGAUCCCGAAAUCAGGCUCACGAAUGUGCCAAUACCGGAGAAAAGCUUUGAGCACCCUUCGAUUCCGUUCACUGUGGUCAAGUCGAACAUCAAGAGCGUGGUCAUUAGGUGCCCUUGGAAGGUCAUGCUCCAAAAGGACUGCAACGCUGCGCUCAGUAUAGAGGUAAGGGACGUUGACGCGGUCGUGAGAUUCAAGCGUAUCGACGAGUGGGGGGUGGACAUAGUUCAGAACGCGCUUAUAUCCACCCGCGAGAGGCUGCUGCGCAAGUGGAAUGCAGUAGCGUCGUCUUUGAGGCUACUGUCCGUCAAAAAGGGUAAGCGGGGCUCCAGGGCAGCUGCCAUCCUGAAUUCAUUGGAUAUCACGGUGAACAAUGUGAGGAUAGUGCUGUUGGACAACUUGUUGUACAAGGAACCUUUUGCCAUCACCAUAGAAGCCGAUUUCAUCCGGGGUGUUGGCAUGCAGCACGAUGACCCCAGCCUAUCGGAGGACGAGCAGCAGGCGGUAGCCGAUUCUCUGCUGAAUGCGCUGUGGUUUACUAGCUCCCGAGUUCACAUGUGGCUGACGGUAUACAGUCAAGGUCAAGACGUAACUUACACUCAACAGGAUUUGGAUGUGCAGGAUGACAUCUUCGACCCGCAAGAUUGGGGAGAGCGGUUUACUUCACAGCAGCCUUCUGAACCUGUAAAACCUGCUCCAAAACGCGAUGCAAGCGCGCGAAAACAGGAAGAUGCCACACCUGAUAGUGUGUCGUCACACUCCAGUGACGAACUGUUCGGUUCGGCGCAGCCGGAAACAUCCCCAUCAGUGCAGGCAGACGACGAUGGAACACGCUUAUGGAACUUCUGCAAUGCACCUUGCGCCGAUUUGGGUCCCGAUUAUGCGGGCGAAUACGUUGAGCAAAGGAUAAAACCAGAGGACGAGCCUCUGAUGCGCAUGCUCAACGGGCCAUAUCAGACCUACAACGUCACGCCACCAGAGGGUGUCGCCUUUGAUCUGGUUUUUAAAAUGUGGAACAUCAUGUCUUUAUCGGCGAAUCCGAAUGCUAGACGGCAAAGUCGACGAAACGUACAAAUAUGCAUCAGUGCCCCCAGUGACGAGGGGAGGAUGCAUGCGCCUUGCUUCGACGGGGAAACGAAUUUCGAUCCAUUGGACCUCACUCUCACCUGCACGGCGGCAGAUAUCAUAUUCAACGUUGUUAGGUAUAUGCAACUGAAUUCGGCAUAUCGGGAAAUGGCCAGUGGUGACAUCAACGCGAUGCCGGACGUAGCCGAUUGCCAGAGGUUCAUCGACGUGACACGCACAUCGCAGUGGAAACACCGCGAAGAGGAUGCGGCAUUCGUGAAGCAGUUCGAAAAAAAAGUUCCAUUUCACAUCCUUCUAAAGGUGAAAGAGAUGGCCAGCUCUAACCAAACCAUGAACGUACAACAGGACACAUGCUUUGUAAGCGUACCUUGUUUUACAGCUCAACAGGAGGAAGAAGCUGAUGAAUUCGACGAAGAGGAGCACAUGCCGUCACACGACUGGUAUGAGAGGGAGAGCAUGCUGAGGAUCGUUUUCCCCAACGUAAACGUUUACCUCGCAGCGGUCGACCCUAACCAAGCCGUGGAGUGGGUGCCGUCGACAAUAGUGCAGCUAAGCACGUUCGCGUUCCAAACUGAAGCGUUAUAUAAGCGGGCAACGUACAAGAUAUUGGCGUGCAAGCCUAUCGUGAGAUGCGGUGUGAUGGCGGUCAAUGUCAGGAAGCGCACUUUCAGUGCCAGAGUCACGAUGCGACCCCAGAAGGAGUCGGAAAACCUUCUGUGUUAUCCGGAGGAGAUGCUUGUGGAGCCGCACGAGUUCUUCGACAACUACGGUUCGGACGUGGUUGAAUCACGUUUCCACAACGCAGGAAAAAACACGCGGGAUUCGCUGUGCGUCACCAUAGAACGGUACCCGAAUCACAUCAAACAUGUAAGCGUAAUUGCGCCGAAACUGGUGCUCAUAUUCAACACGCUGAUGAGGCUAAACUCCCUUAUCACCGAAAGUUUUUGGAAAAUGCAGUUUUUCACUUUCGAGGUGUUCGUUAAGAGGAAUUUGAAUUUUGGACAUGCGAACACCGAAUUUGUCGAAAAGUUGGCAAAUCAUUUGGAGAUUGUCACUUCUCGUACCAUAUGUAAAGUAGAGAUGGAAGGGUUUAUCGUUCGCACGCUGAUGCAGAAGGAGGCACAGAUGAAAUAUGCUGCCGGAGCAGAUGUGGAAGGAACGGACCAGCAGAGCGCGACCCAGCAACACCUGAAUGUCCUGGACCUGUUCCUGCAGAACGAUAACAUGCUGGACAAGUGGGAUUAUUGCGACGACAUCGAUAACCCGUUUGCCAUCAGACACGCCGCCUCCAACUCGCAUGACCACGGGUCCCUUCCGCAGGUGGACGACGGUCAGAAAAUGAUUUACUCCAAGGAAAAAUUCCUGGCCGAACUGGAGACAACAGAGCCUACUAUAGGGAGCGGGCGUUUAUAUAUGUUGGCGCCUGAAUCGACUGCCAUGUUCCCACUCAGCGCAAGCCUGGUUGCUCACCUCGCAGAAUUGCGCAGGUGGUAUCAGAACACAUGUUGCGUCGAAAUGCCACAGGAAUUUAUUGAACAGCUUGGAACGCUGCGUUCCCUUUCAUUGGAUGCGAAACAGCUGGUAUUUAGCAGGGAAUCAGUGAGUACGCUUACAUGCUGCACCCUAGAGACCGUUACCCUCAACCACGUAGAUCAAGAUGGGGCCACUACGCGGCUAUUUACUCUGGAUUCGCUACUCGUUGUCAAAAAAGAGAACGCAAUUUGCGCAGAUGUGGGAAAGGUGGAUGCCACAUUGGACCCAAUGCUUCCGAUAUUCACAAUGUUGAUCAGUCAUAUCCCGACCUUCAAGUUCUACUCGCAUGCCGUGCAGGACCUAGUUGCAGUGGUCAAGGUCAUAGUGGAAGCUAAGCAGAGAUACGUUAUCCCACCAACAAAGCUGGCGGGCAACAGUGAAAUAUGCAAACUCAUAAGCAACGACUUCUACAAGGGAUCACCCAAUGUCUUAGAGGGCUGCAACACUGAGCUUGUAAAUGCAAUCGAGAAAAAGUUAGUCGAUGUGGAGGGCGAUACCAAAAUUCUCUUCCUUUCAGUUCACUCGCUGAACCUAAACCUGCUUAACGAGGAUAGGUUGUACUUGUUCUCCAUUUACAAGGUGCGGCUGGAAGUGAAAGGACGCGAACGGUUCAAAUUUUAUGUCGGCAAUGUCUCAGUUUGCAGGGAUAUGGAGGGUUCAAGGCAAGUAAUUCUUGCUUCAAAACCACUCGAGCUGGGUAAGGAAGUUCAGGAGACCAUGAAGGAAGUGAAUUACGGCCAGGUUGUGAUCGACUACAAGCAAAGCGAUGUCAGCAAUGUCAAUAUGGAGGUCAGGGACGUCCAUCACAUAAUUGAUAUCCCGCUAGUGAGGCGUUUAAUACAUAUUGUGGAAUCAUUAAAAAACGCAGCCCAUCGGUCCGAGGACAGGGAAAACAAAAAUAUUGUCGCCAAUGUCAUGGUACAUCACUCGUCUGUCAAUCACGAAGGAUUGGGUGCCAUGAUAGACGUCUAUCUUGUUGCUAACGUCGCCCGGUCGGAAACCAUGCAACACCUGGCUGUCGAAAUCCCGCGGUUUCACGUCACUUUAACGAAUGGGUUGGCAAAAAGGGUAUUAGCUAUGUCUCUUCUUGAUGUUGAAUUCGAAAUGGAGCUAUAUAGACAUAUGGAGAACAUAAAAGCCGUCAGACGUGAUUCGGACCACACCGUUGAAGGUGGUGCAAAAAUGAUAAAUCUUUUAGUAGAAGUCUCACAUUGCGCGGUUUGGGGGUUCCAAAAUGUCCCGGAAGGUGUUCAACUCGUUACCAAGUUUGACAAUAUUAACGAUGCCGCCGAAAACCUACAAAAUGUAUUGCACGAAGACUGGUUUAACCAUAUGACAACCGCCACAUUGCCGUCAUACUACGACAAUGAACCUGUUGUGCUGGUUCCUCUGCUCUCUACAAGGUAUGCGGAGUCUGCAAGGCUUAUGCCGAUGCUCAAUCACAACUGGAUAACGGACUGGCUUCUCAGAGCGUCUCACACAGUAGAGCCACAACUCUGUGACAAAGCAGUCGCCGCGGUGCUAAAUGCAUUUCAGUCUGAUGGCAUACGCAACAAGAAAUUCAGAGCUUUGAAAAUCUCGGUAUCAACCUUAAUCUGUCAUGGGUCUACUGUCUCCAUCGGCAAAAUUAAAAUAAAGUCGUUGACGGCGUUGAUGCACAAGGAAUCCAUUGACAAUCUCAAGGACAUACACUCCAAAUUAAAACUGCUGAAAGAGGAAGCACGCAAUUCGAAUGGAAAGUCCGAUGCGGCGAAGGUCAUCAAGCUAAACCUCAUCGUAGACGAAAUAAACGUGGCAUGCCCUUACAACACUGGUAUUAACGCCAACAGUGCUUUCCCCUCCGAGUUGCUUCCAAAGAUUCCCAAUGACGCCACGUUACACAGGAAGAGACCUAGGUGCCAAAAUUCAGCUCUCUACAUACUUCGGGUCCACAGCUCACCUAUGGUCUAUAUGGAGUUGGCUGUCGAUACCGCUGUUGUGGUGCAGAAUAACAUCACCGUACCGCUUGUGAGGACGCUGUACAGCGAUGUCAGGCGACUAGAGCAGUUCACGCGACAGUCUCUCAUGGACUUCGUGGACGUCAUGGAGGACGCAAAGUAUCAGGCCUUGUUACACUUGUACGACGCAACCUAUAACGAGGGGAGCGCGCAUAUCGUAUCAGUGUCCUGCGACACACUGAAGGCUUCGCUCCACGCGCUCACUAGAAGCGUCUGCUAUUGGAAGGAUAUAGUCGAGAACGUCGCUGCAGGCACUGUACCAGAUGACAACAUGUUCAAGAAUAAAUUCAUGGUUUUCCUCAACGUUGACAUGCGCAACUUGAAUGUGGACAUAUGCAUGGCGUCUAAAUCAGUCUAUGCUGCCAAGCUCACUCUACAGCAUCUGGUUGUCACCGACGCAUGGGGUAAACAUCUCGUCGAUGACAUCUACAACAGUCGAUGCACGUUGGGCAACGCCGGGGUUCUGGAUGAUACGACUUUCUGCUACCAGGCAGAUCAGGUAAAUGCGAGUCUCUCAACGGUUGAUGAUGGCGUCGAGGUAAAAGUCGCUUUGGAUCACACGCGCUCCGAAAUACAGAUUGACGGUAUCAUUGUGAUACUUGGCGUGUUACAGGAUGUGGGCUUAUCCAAACUCAAAAAGAAAGAUAAGUCAACAAAAAUGCAGGAGACCAAGCGGCCUGUCAGAGUGGAGUUAAAUCUCCACCUCCACGAAAUAUGGUUGUAUCCCAGCAUUCCUAAGACCGGCUCCAUCUUUGGUGAAAGUGAUCCAUCGAGAACCGUAUCGGCUACUUCAGAGGACACAUCCUUGGUUACACAUGUUAAUAGCAAGAUCACAGUACCAAGCGUUAUCAAGGCAUCUUCAGAGGUACCGUACGGUUUACACCUCACUGCGUUGCAAUCCAGUGGUGACCUCGACCGACCACUGCUUUAUACGGGACACGUCAUUGGUUUUCUGAUAAGCAUUUCGGUGUCUUCGCAGAAUAAGGAAAAUGCGAACGUCAAGCUGAAGUACAUGGGGGUUGCGUUGGCCAGGGUCAGCAUAAGCCAUGGCGUUAAAGUUUUGGUGGAUGAGCAGAAUGAUUCGGUUUUUACCUCACUAAACGCCGAAGAAGGUUUGCUUUUCGAAAUGAGAGAGAGCUCUGUUAAGUCAAAAGUCACUGAAAGCGGUCACCUGGUAGUAGCCGUCCAGGCGUCAAAACCCAGGAUAUCAAUCAACAUCGAUCAACUCUUCCAAAUGUGUUUGCUCAAGUCAGCCAUAGUAGACACUGCAGUAGAUACUUUUAAAGCGUACCGUAAACUUCAUAACGGUGGCACUGUCACGGAGGAUCAGGGAGAAGACCAGAGUGAGUCGUACGAUCUCAUUGAAGAAAUCAAGUACGUCACUGCCAAAUACAAUCUGCCUAUAACGAACAUCACUGACGGCGAAGGAAGCUUGUAUAACGUAACUCCCGAAGAGGAUGUACGUAAGAAACUGUUGUCGCAAGCGAGGAAGAAGCAAAGGAUGAUUGGCAAGCUGAUCAACGUCAUCAAUAAGCUCAGGUGGUACGACGGCGACAAGCAAUUGACUCUCUCGUCGGUGAUCAACGAUUGCAGGUGCACGCUAUUUUCGGUCAAAAAUGAAUUGGUGCUCAAAUUCAACUUACAACAUAUGGCUUUCGAUUUGACCCACACGGCUCCGUUGUGCAAAAGGCAAACCAUCGUCGAUGCAUCAAUGGUGUUCAACGUAGCUACCUACAACGCCAACCUGAACUAUCACGAGACUGUAUUGCAGACUACGGUAGCCACGCUGCAGGUGGCAUGCGAAGACACGGUGUUUGAUAUACCAGCAUUGGAUAUCAGUAUGCACAUCAGCGGUGUGGCCGUUGAGGUCAACCCGUGUCUACUCCAGCUUUUCACACAACUGAAGCAUGUUUUCACGAUCCUACACUCAGAUUGCCGUAAAAAUAGGGGUUUGCGUGGUAGAAUGAUUAAGCUGUACAACGAGAUCGGUAUGGGGAUUGUUCUCAUCGGGUCGAGGAUGAGUAAGGAUGGCGACCUUGACCAAAUGCAUCUACCAGCACAAACCUACACUAGUGUGGACGACAAAGCAAUAUACAUUUUCAUUGAAGAUGCACCGACAGGAGAAAACACUGGGCACCUGAAGAGGUCGAUCACUGGACGAUUCGAGGUAUUAAACGGCGAUGUUUCAAAAAAUAGACGUCCUAAAUGGGCUAUUAGAGAGAGGAAACAAUUGCUGUUUGGUAACAGUGUAAACGUCAAAAGCCUGCUCAGUGUGAUAAGAGGAGGGAAGAGCACCGAAGACGACGAAAUCAGUGCUCUAGCCCUUUCAAAAGCCCAAGACUCGCUUAGAUUCGUUGGCAAGUACAAUAUGGAACAAACAGGAUCCAGACUAUUCAAGGUCCCCAACAGCGACAUGUUGUUAUUGAUGGAACAGUAUCAUGAGGAAGGGGAAGAGCCACAUGUGAUAUUGGCUUCGUCCAUACGCAUACAGAACUCUACCGCCAUGCCUUUGGUAUUGCGCAUCGAUGAUAAGAUUGGCUAUUUCACGAGGGUGGCGCAGAAGCUCACCCAACACAACAAACCAAAAGGACAAUUUGAGGAAAUGUACCUGGAACCGUAUACCAGCUCGUGCGUGCCCUUAAGUUGGUUUGGCAGUACUUUAAUGCCAUCCAUUGCGCUGGUAAUGUCAAAUGGUGAUACAACGCAUUCCGUGCCUUUCCAACACCUUUACGACAUACUCAACCGAAACCCAUUCUCGGAUACGGAGUUCGAAAGCUGCAAUGAUGUUGUGCUGAAAUUCAAGGGAUCACUGGCUAUGAAGUGUAGCAUAACGGCCAAAGAUGUGGCCAGCAACGACGAUUGCGGAUCGUGCUUUUACCACUUCACGGUUACGCUAGAACCUAUGGUGAAAAUAGUCAACAUGCUUCCGUGUGACAUACAAAUCCUUAUCAAGCUUCACAGAACGCAGUUAACGGAAGAGCACGUCGAAAAUGACGAAAUUGCGCUCCAGGCACUCAACACGUAUAAAGUACAAUCGCUCCUUAAACCAGGGGAGACACUAGGAAUACCUUUCUCCGAGCAGAAAUUCUUCAUGCGUGUGAAUGUGAAGGGCACGCAGCUGGAGGUUUGCAAUGAUGAUUGUAAGGCCACCGCGAAUGACAUAGAAUAUCUUUCGCCAUUGUUCCAGGUGUUUAUGCCUACAUCGGGGACCACCAGCAUAGUAAAAUCAUUGAAGUUAUAUAGGGGAUCCAUCGAAAGCCUGUUGCAGUCUGCCUACCAAGGGCAAGUAGACACAUGUCUGGAUUUCACGGAUCACUUAAAGUCAAUGGCAAUAACGAUCGACCUUUCACGACAUGACAUACGGAUCUGGUGGCCUUUCAUAUUCGAAAACAUGUCGCAAAACUCGCUUCUAAUAAACGGUCGUCUACUUUUGCCUAAAUCACGGAUCUACGGCAACCUCCAUGAUGCUUCAACUUGCCGGAUACAAGCCAUCAUGUACACCUACAAAUCGGGCGACUGGACCAAGCAGGGCUCUUACGCGCUGAGUCAAAGCGUAAAGCUAGAUGUAACGUCCACUACCGACUUUAGGCCGCCCAUCAAUCUCGCCAUUCCCCUCAAGAACCGCACGCUGUCACGGAUAGCGUUUUCUGAAACAACAAACGUGGAAGGCAUUUUGGGAAAUGUCGUUAACGCCAGUAACAUUCAUCACGUGAAAAGGUACGCGCCACAGAAGACCUUAGCAGAUGGUGCGGAAUCUCCGACUAGCGAGUAUCUCCAUCAAUAUGCCAGCAAUGUUGAGGAGGGUGACACCACAGCCUCCGGUAACGCAUUUGUGUGUCUGGGUUCAACUGUACGUUACGCGGAGUAUCCGUACAACAUGUGCAAGAUUGUCAGCGUGUCCAACAUGUACACCUUCGUCAACAAGCUGCCUUUUACGGUUUGCGUAAGAGGCGCUCCGUUGAAUGACCAGUACCUGGACCCGCCAUCGGAUGGUGAAUGCAACGACUUGCUGAUUUUACCAGGGGAUUCAGGUGCGCUCAACGUUCCGCUGCAAGGUGCCUACAUCAUCAAAGUGGAGAAUGAUUUGUGUAGUGGCCUCUUCACACUGCAAUACCCACGGCUACCGCACGUAUUCCAACUAGAACUGAACUCGAACAAUAUCACCUAUUCGACGGUGGCCACAAGGGGCCUUCUGAUUCAAGUAAACGUCGUAUCAGGGGUUUUCGAAGGGUCAAAGAUGCCGUAUAGCUACAACGGAUACUACUUCGUGCUUUCGCUGCCUGACAAGCCGCAGUACCAGAUUCUCAACCUGACCAACUACACCUUAGCGUACAGCGUGCCAGAGAACAUGAGAUCCGUCGAAUCGCAACAAGUGGAGAGCUACGCGUCGUAUGAGCAGUCGUGGGAGAGGACACCGAUGAACAAAAUCGGGAUCCUGCCGCCCACAUGCAUCACGCACUACGUUCCCGCUGCCGUUUCCAAAUCUCAAGAAGUUUUGCAAGUCUGUCUGAAGGUGCUCCACGUUGAUAACUGUGAUUGGAAUGUACAAAGAGUCGAUUUUGUAAGGGAGGGAUGUCACGCCAUCAAAUUUGUUGAGCAGCGGAAGACACUCUUCUUGUAUGCAACAAUCAUGAUUCGUUCGAACGGAACGCGCAUCAUAGCGGUUGUCAAUUCCAAAGCAGCGGCUAUGGAUUUGAACCGCAUGGGAGGCUCUUCAUUGUCAGCCGGACCGAAACUGCAGUGGUCAAGUAUCAGCUUCAACUUCCUAACACCAAGGAUAACGGUAACGCUGUCGACGAAGCGUAAGGUCAUUCUGGCGCUGCAUCUCACCAACACCUCCGUCACGCUCUCUAUCGCACCGUCGAAAUAUGACGCCAUAGAGCGGGAGGUUAGGGGCUCCAUGGAGCUGGAAUCAUCUAGGUGUAGCAUGGUUGAUUUCGAGGCAAAUAUACAGAGUAUACACAUUGACCACUUCGUGCAGGGAUACAUUCCAGUUAUUCUUAAAAGCUCUGCCAAGAGAUCGUCGAUGCAGGAGUCUUUCCUUAAUAUCCGGAUGUCAUUAUCCAACUUCAUGACGUUGGGACUGCCGAUAUACGAGACCAUACAGGUCAAGCUUUCUCCGCUCUCCAUCAACAUAGAGAUGGCUGUAAUAGAGCAGCUGGUGGAUUCCAUAGAGAAUAUGCUGAGGCUUCCCCUAAGAAAUAACGCAUCUGAGUCUACUGAUGGCGCUCGGAACAACUGUCUGGUGAUGCCGGAACCUAAACUCGCUGUGGAGCCUAUAACUCUAAGCUUGGCCAUUCGCACGUCAUCUUCCCAGCUAACUCAUAGGACCAUGAGGAUUCUAGAUGCAUUGCCUCUUGAUACGCCCUGUGUAUGUGUACACUUUACUGGAGAGACACGGUCGUAUCUCAUCGUUGGUUGGGGCGAGCUCAUGCAUUCCCUGAGACACUCUUACUUGCGGCAGCUUAUCAGGCAGUCUCUUCCCACCGCCUGGCUGUCCAAUACGUUUGCUGUGUUGUAUGGAUUCUUCAAAGGACUCCUGUUGCUAGUAACCCGCCCUGUGCAAACAGCCCUCAAAUUCAAGAAUGCUUUGGAAGGGUUUGCAAUAGGAGUGGGAAGCGGAAUCAUGUUGUUCAUGCUGUACAUUACUGGAGGCACUACCCAGAGCCUCGGAAACUUCCUCAACAUUUUCCACAAGAUUAUUGGUGGGCAGAGAGCAAAGCCGCAAGGCAUACUCGACGCUUUGUGGUUGGGGCUUAACCUUAUAAUACUGCACGUCUUAUACAGACCGUGGAAGAAGGUAAUAGUUGACCUCUCGAGUUCGGACUCUGCGGACAACAACUGGGUUAAGAAAUCUGUGGGGUUGGCACUGAACUUAGCCCACUGUGCCAUCUCGCCCAUCAUCGGAGUUGUGAAUAUGCUCAUUACCGUAGUGGAGGGCUUUUCCAACCUUCUGCUCGGUGAUGUUGAACAGUUCACUCAUGUAUACGAAAGCGAUCAGUUGGGAAAGGUCCCGACCAACAGCCCCAAUCCAGUACGACAGAACACUGAACGUGGCGAGUCUGCAAGCUCCCAGACGUCUUUCAUGAGGCGCAUGAAAACGUCGGUCACAUUGAAAAGACGAUGA